AUGGGUCAUUCCUUUGGUGGUGCCACAGCCUUGCUGACUCUCAGUUCAGACUACAGGUUUAAGCAAGGUGUGAUUCUGGAUGGCUGGAUGUUCCCCUUGAAGGAAGAAAAGCUAGAAGUGGCACAACCUCUCUUGUUCAUCAACACUCCCACCUUCCACAUCACCAGCAACUUAACUGUCAUGGAGAGGUUUAUUUCCAGCCCUCCAGGCUCGCAUCGUCAACUCUUCAUCAUCAAAACUUCCAAUCACGAAACACAAACCGACACACACCGUUCGUGGUUGGCUAUUGGCUAGACUUAUUUAAGCCGAAAAUAGACCCAAAGCUCGGCAGUUCCAUCAACAACUCUCUCAUCAUCACAUUUUUAAAGUCUUACACAGAUUUGCCAGAUAACAUAUCCAAGGAACUUCAAGUGUUGGAUGAAAAUCGGGAACUGAUAAUUGAAGGCAAGCUGCCAUCUUCGGUUCGUCGUGCUCGUUAAACGGUUCAUCACAAUGUUUGCAUAACAGGACAAGUGUGAACUACACAAUCUUCUAGAGUUCAAACACAUCAGGGGAUGACUAUAACUCCAGACUUAUUUUAUUACUAAGUUUGGAAAUAGUGAAUGAAGUCAGGGAAAGUUUUUUUAUGAAGAAAUAUUACAUUUAUAGAUUUAUUUUAGAUCUGGCCAACUAUGCAGGUCCGAGGGUUUUAAUAAACAUCAAUUACAAAGUGUAAUUUUUAUGUUUUGGUACAUAUGUACUUUAAAAAGUAACUGUGAUAUUUUAACAUAGUUUCCUGCACUAACGUUUACCAAAUAAUAUUUUAUUGUAUAUGUUGUUAAAAUUCUGAGGUUUGUAGACUAAACAUCCUCUAGUAGUAGAUGAGACAGUUAGUUGUAACUAAGGAAAAGAAAUACAAUACAAUAUUGCAUUCCA